AUGGUGGACAUUUACUUGCCCAUCGAAGACCGGCAAAUCCUGGCACUUUCCAUCCCCUCUGUCGACAUUGAGAGACUUUCCCUGCAUCCUGUCAAGUGGCUUCGGUUUCUUCUCUUCACAAUUUGUGGCGUUCGUGGAGAUCUCACUACGACGCCCAAUGGCCCCCCUGUCGACUAUGACGCCAGUACCGUCGAUAACAUGGAAGAGGCAUAUUACUUUGCUCCCGAAGGGGAUUAUCAUCUCAUUGAUUUUCACGCGAUCGACGACCCAGUAACAUUCUCUGCGCAAACACUGUGCUCUUCAACUUUCCGUAGUGAUAUAAUCGCACGAGACGACCGUCAACAUCUUUACGACCUCAAUGAAGAAUCCGUUGAUCUGGGCAUUAACUCAGUCGAGAACGGAAUGCUUUUGAGCCCGGACUUGCAUCGACUUUUUGCAGCAGGGAGUAGUGCAUUUUUAGUGACACCGAACUUCGCUUUGCAACCUGCCGACGUCCCUCCAGUUGAAACAGGCCCAAUGCCGUCGCGUCGUAUCACCCUGCAGCAUUUUGAAGUGUAUACAAAUUACCAUGUACCGACACCGCAGUUUGAUGCAUGUAUGAGCGGCACAGGUACACCGCGGCCAUCUACCAUCAUUCUGGAUUACAUGUACGGCGUCGCUGGCUACAAACGCUGGGGAACCGGACAGGAAAUCAAGAAUUUGAUGCAACAACGUUUCACGGAAAGCUACGAGCCAAUACCGAUACCACCAGCCCCUCCACAUACCAGCGAUGAUGGUGAUAUAGACACGUCACCUGAAAUUCUUCAGGCGAUGGAUGAUAUUCUUGCACUCUCCAUGUUAUUGAAGGGUACGACCCCUGAAUUGAUGGCUGCAGAACGACAGAGGCAAGCGGAGGCGGAAGAGUUGCGUGUGAAGGAGGCUAGUAAAUUGAAGGUGCGGCAGUGGAUGCGAAACUCUGAGUCUGUUGAAUCCACCGCUAUUGCCACAGGGGAUGAUUCCUUUGCAUUGUACAACCCCGAGUUCAACCUGGUUCACUUAAAAAGGAACUGUCAGGGUGAUUAUGGAUCGCAACAUACCAACAUGCCUACUUACUUUGACUUCCCUGUUUUCGUGAAUGAAACUUUUUCGCCCAUGGUGGACGUUUACCUGCCUAUUGAAGGCCAACAAAUCCUGGCACUUUCCAUACCCUUCGUCGACGUCGAGAGGCUUUCCCUGCGUCCUGUCAAGUGGCUUCGGUACCUCAUCUUCACCAUCUGCGGGGUUCGUGGAGAUCUCCCUACGACGCAUAAUGGCCCCCCUGUCGAUUAUGAUACCAGCACCCUUGAUAACAUGGAAGAGGCAUAUCAUUUUGUUCCUCAAGGGGAUUAUCGCUUCAUUGAUUCUCAUGCAAUCGACGACCGAGGAACAUCCUCUGCGCAAACACUGCGCUCUUCAAGUUUCCGUAGUGAUAUAAUAACACGAGAUGGUCCGUACCUUGAAUUUGUUCUUCGAGACCGUCAACAUCUCUACGACCUCAAUGAAGAAUCCGUUGAUCUGGGCAUCAACUCAGUCGAGAACGGAAUGCUUUUGAGCCCGGAUUUGCAUAGCUUCUUUGCUGCAGGGAUUAGCGCAUUCUUGAAGACACCUAACUUUGCUUUACAACCUGCCGACAUCCCUCGUGUUGAAACAGGCCCAAUGCCACCCCGUCGUAUUACCUUGCAGCAUUUUCGAAUAGUGAAUCGUGCAGCAAUACCGCAGUAUGAUGCAUGCAUAACAGGCACAGGCACGUCGCCUCUAUCCACCAUCAUUUUGGAUUACAUGUAUGGUGUCGCUGGCUACCGACGCUGGGGCAUUGGACAGAAAAUCAAGGAAUUGAUGGAACGACGUUUUACGGAAAGCUACGCAUCAAUACCGAUACCACCAACCCCUCCGAGUCCGCGUACUAAAGAUGACAGUGAUAUGGAGUCCGAUGAUUCCAAAAAGAAGCAAAAGCGACGAAGGCACUCAGACAUGUCACCUGAAAUGCUCCAGGCGAUGGAUGAUAUCCUUGCACUCUCCAUGUUAAUGAAGGGUAGGACCCCCAAAUCGAUGGCUGCAGAAGCACAGAGGCAAGAGAAGGUGGAAGAAUUGCGUGCAAAGGAGGCUAGUAAAGUGAAGGUGCAACAGUGGAUGCAAAACUCUGACUCUUGUUGCCGUGACUUUGACGGUGAAUCCGCAGCUCUCGACUGA